UUGGCUAUUCGUAAAAGUUGAGCACAGGCAGGUACGAAGGCCCGGUCACGCUGGACCCUGGCUUAGGCUAAGGGGAAGUGGGUCCGGUCAUCUCUGGGGACGCACAACCUCAACACCAUGGACAACGAGCAUCGUGUUGUCGCAACAACAUGUUCUAUACUAUGUUUACUGGGUAUUAAUAUGCUGGUGUGGCAGGCUAGCAGGGCUAUGUCAGCCCCCUGUUCGAGGCUUCAGCGCCUAACCCCGCAUAUCCCAACGUGCUCUUUGCUAUAUACCUCUGAACAAGAGCACAUCGGCUUUGAGUCUGGCCGUUGCCUGACUAGCGAUCCACCAUGGCCUACUUUGUCCGCGUACAUGAACCCUUACGAAUGGACACUACUACAUUCCAUACCUCAAAGCUGUUCGUUUCGUCAGACCAAGUGCUUUGUGGUCCGUGUCAAAGACUACUCUCAGGAAGAAAUACUUUACUUCGCACAGAGGAGACAAACGGAAAGUUGUAUUUUACCCAUCAUGCAACGCCUGAGUCGUUUCAGGAAGCCCUUGCAUUGUCUUGCGGAAUAUGUAGACGUCUAAAAGUUGAGAUUGAUCGCGACUUGCGUAUGAC